UGAGAAUAAAAAAUAAAAAAUGUGUUAAUAGUUUUUAUUCUCCGAGAAAACAAAAACACAUUCAACAUUUGCAAUCAGUAAAAAAAAAUAUGAAAAAAAAAACUAUUAGAGCUAAACAAGGAAUUAAACGAUUGAAGAAUACUUUAAGUGAAGUACAGAAUCAAAUGAAAAAUUGUUCAGAUACAAUUAUUCAACAAUCAUUGGAAUCUGCUGGUAUAAAUACCAACCAAUGUAAUUUAAUAAAAGAAAUUUUUGCAGCUGCUAAAGUGAAAAAUCCAAAAGGACGCAGAUAUAGUGAAGACUGGAUGAUGUUAUGUCUGUUAUUCCAAAUUAGAUCACCAAGUGGAUACAAGUUUUUAAAGGAUCAAAACAUAUUACCAUUUCCCUGUGUCAAUACAAUUAGGAAACAUUUAUUAGCUAUGAAAAUUGGUUGUGGUUUUGAUAUAAAUUUUUUCAAGCUAUUUAAAAAAAAGUUUUCUGGGAAAACAGAGUACCAGAAAAAAAGAAUUAUAGUGUUGGAUGAAAUUUUCUUAAGAACAAGUAUAGCUGUCAACAGUAGAACAUUAACAUAUUCUGGUUUAGAAGAUUUUGGAGAUGACGAAGACAUAAAAACCAAAAGUACAGAUAAAGCUGAUCAUGGACUGGUCUUGAUGUGGCAAAGUUUAGCUGAAAACUUUACACAACCGAUAGCAGUUUUUGCAUCAAAAGGACCAGUCAAAGGAAUUGAUUUAGUAAAAUUAGUCAUAAAGGCUAUAUUGUUACUUGAGGAUGCAGGUGGCCAUGUGGUUGGACUGACAAGUGAUGGAGCCAGUACAAACCGAUCAAUGUGGAAAUAA